AUGCAUAUCUCACAAAAACUUGCCCUGGCGCACGAGAACAAGAAGCCGACCUUCUCGUUCGAGUUCUUCCCGCCCAAGACUGCCCAGGGCGUUCAAAACCUUUACGAUCGCAUGGACCGCAUGCAUGACCUGGGGCCAGCAUUCAUCGACAUCACUUGGGGCGCAGGAGGGAGACAUUCACAACUCACCUGCGAAAUGGUCAACGCGGCGCAGAGUCAUUAUGGCUUGGAGACUUGCAUGCAUUUGACUUGCACAGACAUGGAACGGACACAAGUGGAUGAAGCUCUUCGGCUGGCCUACAAGGCAGGGUGCACGAAUAUUUUGGCUCUUCGUGGUGAUCCACCUCGGGAUCAAGAGAAAUGGGAGGCCAAAGACGCCGGGUUUCGUUAUGCAAAAGACCUGGUCAGAUAUAUCAAGGCCAGGUAUGGUGAUCACUUUGACAUCGGCGUCGCUGGUUAUCCAGAAGGUUGUGACGAUCACCGGGAUGUUGACUUACUGAUCGAGCAUCUCAAGGAGAAAGUCGAUGCCGGAGCAACCUUUGUGGUCACGCAGAUGUUUUAUGAUGUGGACAUCUUCUUGGAUUGGGUGCAGAAAUGUCGGGAUCGUGGAAUCAAGGUUCCGAUUAUCCCGGGGAUCAUGCCAAUCUCGACCUACGCGGCCUUCAUGAGGAGAGCAAGUUGGACCAAGUGCCAUGUCCCUCCCGAAUGGUAUGAGGCUCUGGAGCCCGUGAAGAACGACGAUGCUGCUGUUCGAGACAUUGGCAAAGACCUCAUUGCGCAGAUGUGUCGACGCAUCCUCGAUGCUGGCAUUCUCCACCUGCACUUCUAUACCAUGAACCUGGCACAAGCCACUCGUAUGAUACUGGACGAACUCGCUUUGACCCCAGAAACCUCUGGAAGGCGCUUGGAGAAACCUUUGCCAUGGCGACAGUCUCUUGGAUUCAACAGAAGAGACGAAACAGUCCGGCCUAUUUUCUGGCGCAACCGCAACACUUCUUACGUUGCAAGGACCGCCGAUUGGGAUGAAUUUCCCAAUGGCCGGUGGGGAGACAGCAGGAGUCCUGCUUUCGGCGAGCUUGACGCCUAUGGUAUCGGGCUCAAAGGAACAAAUGAGGCCAACAUCAAGCUGUGGGGAAAGCCAAAAUCUCUUCGUGAGAUUACAACUCUCUUUGUGCACUUCCUCCACGGGGAUCUGGACAGAUUGCCAUGGAGUGAAGGCAGUAUCUCGGCAGAGGCUGACAGCAUCAAAUCGGACCUCGUGGCCCUGAAUCAACGGGGCCUGCUGACCAUCAACUCGCAGCCAGCAAUUGAUGGUGCGCCAUCGUCCCACCCGAUCUACGGAUGGGGUCCUCCUGGUGGCUGGGUUUACCAAAAAGCAUAUCUCGAGUUGCUCGUCUUUCCAUCCAUCUUCAACACGGUCUUGGAAAGACUCAAUGCAAACGAGAACCUAACCUACUAUGCUGUCAACCGAAAAGGCGAACUUCACACAAAUACCAAGGAUGAAGGCCCAAAUGCCGUCACUUGGGGCAUCUUCCCGAACCGAGAAAUUGUGCAGCCCACCAUCGUCGAGACGGUCUCAUUCUUGGCUUGGAAAGAUGAAGCCUUCAGACUUGGACAGGACUGGGCCAAAUGCUAUCCGGCCGGAUCUGGACCUCGAAAGUUGAUUGAAAAGAUGAUGGACGAAUGCUAUCUGGUCAACAUCGUCAACAAUGAUUUCCACCAGACGCAUGAAAUCUUCCGGGUGUUUGAUGGUCUCGAGGUCCAAGAUCUCGACAUGACGUUCGAGGACACACCAGCUGAGCAUCAGACAAAUGGCACCCGAGAUGUUCUCAAAGGUGAUGCCCCUGUCACUGAAGUCGAGAAGAGUAUCGUGAGCGAGAAUCAACAGAAAGUGCCCUUCCAGACGAACGGGCAUGUCCUGUCAAACUGA